CAGCAACGAAGCGUAGCAGCAGCUGAUCGAUCGCGGAGCUGAUCAUGGUGCUCAACGAGCAGGCCAAGGUGCUGCUGAUGGUGGUGAAUCUCCUGCUUCCAUGGAGUACCAGAGCUUUUGUGCUCCACUGCAGUGCCAACCAGCGAUCCGUGCUCGGCAGGCACGAAGGCGUUGUCAUGAUGGAGAUGCUUCACGGGAACGGAGGGGGAGGAGGGUCCUCCAACCGCGGAGAUUUCCUGUCGGGUGCGGCCGUGACCGCUGCAGCGGUGCUGGGGGUAUCCGCGGCCGCGACUGUGGGAGCCCCCCCCCCGGCGAGCGCGCUUGUCAAGGGUAACGCACCUCCGCCAGGGUACAACAAGAAGCGUGGAAGUGGGUACGGUAACGGGGAACCAGAGGCUACCCCCACGGCAGACGCUGGUCCCGAGGAUAGUGACCCGUCGAGGACUUUUUCUGUCACAUCCAGUGGCAUCCGCUUCAAAGACCUCAAGAUCGGGGACGGGGCUGAGGUGAAACCCGCAAACGUUGUGGACAUGAGGUACCGUGUGGAGAAACUGGGAAAGAGAAGCUACGACGGGAUCUCCGGAGAGACCCAGUCGGUGUUUUCCCUAGGCUACGGGGAAGACGAUGACAAGGAGGGAGACGUCUUGACGGUGCCGCUUGGCUCUGGAAGGCUGGUCAGCGCCGUCGAUGAGGCAAGCACAUUGACAGUAGUCCCGGGGGGAGGAGGGGGAUAG